UCAAAAAGAACGAGUGGACAAUUAUCUAAAGAUGUUAAAGAUUGAUCAAAAAGAGGAAAAAAUGCAUGAGAUUGAUGGUACCAAAUAUAUAACUAAAGAAGAAGUGUUUAUAACUAUGGAACUGCUUUGGAGAAGGAUGGAUAAUGUUGAGAAAAAUUUAAAUUCGAAAAAUUUGGAUGAUUUGUUUGUCAGAGUUAAAUAUGUUGUGUCAAAUAUCUUGUAUGUCAAAGAUCUUACUUUUUGUGUUCAACUUUUGUUUAAUAUUGUAAAACUUUUGAAAAAAAAGGAAGCUGUUUAUAAAAAUUACGUUAACGAGGGGAAAACUGAAGAGAUAAUAAAGGAAGUUGAUGCUAAAAUUGAAAAUGUUAAACAUUUUUCUAAUUCACUACCAAUUUUUGAAAUGAGAAAAUUUUUGGCUAAAGAACACAUGGAGUACGUCACAGAAAUAUUAAAUGAUAAAGAGAUAAGAAAAGUAUUACAAAAGAAUGAUGGCUCAAUAUAUUGUUUACAUAUGAUAUUGGGGGGUCAUCCUAGUAUAAACAAAAUAAUGCAGGAAAAUGGAUUACUCGAAGUUGACGGUACUUUUAAACUUAUAAAAUAAUUAACUACAAUUUGGGGUGGGCGAGUAAUAUAGAUAGCGGAAAUUUUAAGGAUUAAAAAUAUAUUUUUAGGUGCUUUUGUGUAAUAAAUGUGAUAUGAGUAUAUGGAUAUAGUGGAU